AUGCGUGCCAGGCAAGUCCAAGUCAUGUCUACACUUCCCCUGAAGGCCAUGUCAAGAUUGUGGGGCAGAUUCAACGAACUGGAGAUACCAUACUAUCUGCGUGUUCCUGGAUUCCGGUUAUACUCUUUCAUUUUCGGCGUUAAUCUUUCUGAAGUGUCAGAGCCUGAUCUUCAUGUAUACCCAAAUCUCGCAUCAUUCUUCUACAGAAGGUUAAAGCCCGGUUGUCGACCCCUCGAUCCGAACCAUAAUGCCCUCUUAUCUCCAGCUGACGGCCGAAUCAUACAAUUUGGCGCAAUUGAAGGCGGGGAAGUAGAGCAGGUCAAGGGCAUGACAUACAGUCUGGACGCGCUUCUCGGUACUAGCAAGUCAGACCUCUCACCCAGCUCUUCGAAUAGCAGUAUCUCCACGUCACAAAAAGGGGCGACCGAACAUUCCCGCAUAGAAGGCGACGAAGACAUCAUUAGGCAGGACGAGGAAUUUGCUACGGUUAAUGGUAUCACAUACACACUUCCAAAUCUACUUUCAGGGCCAAAGCAUAGCCAAGACGGUCAGCAAACCAGGGAUGAAUCGACGACGCCGACGUCUGCCUCAGAAGCAGAAGUACGCGCAGAUCUGGCCCUAGGUGAGAAGCCAUGGUAUACACGUCUCACCGCCGAGAACCGGAGUGCUCUGUACUAUGUAGUCGUGUAUCUCGCACCUGGGGACUACCACCGUUUCCAUUCACCAACUGCUUGGGUUGUGGAGAAGCGACGACACUUUGCGGGAGAGCUAUACAGUGUCUCUCCUUACUUACAGAGGACUCUACCUGGACUUUUCACUCUCAAUGAACGUGUUGUACUCUUGGGACGGUGGCGGUGGGGAUUCUUCUCCUUUACCCCCGUCGGUGCAACCAAUGUCGGCUCGAUCAAGAUCAAUUUUGAUAGAGAACUACGCACAAACUCUUUGACGACGGAUACGGCCGCCGACCACGCAGCCGAGGAAGCGGCAAAGCGCGGAGAAACUUACAACGGUUUCACAGAGGCUACGUACGAAAAUGCGAGUCCAGUCCUACGCGGAUACGCAUUGCGGAGGGGCGAGGAAAUGGGCGGGUUUCAACUAGGGAGCACGGUCGUGCUGGUAUUCGAGGCACCGAAGGGACAACGACCGACCCUUGAUGAAGGGUGGAUGGGCGAGAAGGUCAAGAGGAAGGGCGGAUGGAAUUGGGCUGUUGAGAAGGGACAGAAGAUAAAGAUGGGACAGGCACUUGGAUGGGUUGACCCCUCGUGA